CGGUUGGUCACAUGAGCGCCGGUCACAUGAUGUUUGUGAGCUGCGGCUCCUGGAAACAUUUUCAUUAUCACAUUCAUCAUACGGGAAAUAAAAGCGAGGGUUCGUGUGCACCGCCGCAGAUGUGAUCGCGGAAGGACAGAAUCUGAAAGUGUUUGUGUUUCUGGAGCUGCUGCUGAAUGAGAGGAGGAGGAGGAGGAGGAUGAUGGACAGACAGGAGGAGGAAGAUGAAGAGGAGACAGUGUGUCGUGUGAUGGAGGACAUCAUGUGUGUGGAUGAACAGACGGUUCAGCGUCUGACAGACGGGUUUCUGUCUCACUAUCUGCCGGAGCUGAGUUCCUCCAAACGAGCGCUGCAGGAGCUGACACAAAAUCAAGUGAUUCUGCUGGAUACGCUGGAGCAGGAAGUCACGAAGUUCCGCGAGUGCAACGCCACGGUUGAUCUGAACGCGCUGUUCACAGAGGCCAAAGUUUAUCACAGCAAACUGGUGAACAUUCGCAAAGAAAUGAUCGUCCUGCACGACAAGACCACCAGACUGAAGAAGCGAGCGCUGAAGCUGCAGCAGCACAAGCAGAAGGAGGAUCUGGAGCGCGAGCAGCAGAGAGAGAGAGAGCUGGAGCGAGAGAGACGCCUCAUCGCCAAACCCGCCAAACGCAGCGACGCUGAACCGCACUGAGCGCGCUCAGAUACACGGCUCCGCCCGCUGCCCAGAGACUCCGCCCCUAACGUCUGUAAAGCAAUCAGAGAAACGCACCGAUGUGCAGAAACACAGCGCUCUUCGUCACAAUCACGCGCGCGUCACACCUCAGAGGAAACGCCAUGAACUCGCUGGUGACUUUAUCAGGACUAAAUGUCAUAAAGAUGUUUCUCAUGUUUCAUCACAUACGUUUCUGUUCAGAUAAAUAAUAAUAAUGCAUUAAUAAAACUCUAAAGAAAGCGUUUGUGUUCGUCAUCAUCGUGAAAGAAAAUCAGUUACCGCUCACAAUAACUUCCAUUAAA